CCAAUCUGGAGCCAGGAGCCAAGAUACUCUUCUGGGUCUUCCAUGUGGGUGCAGGGCCCCAGGAAUUGGGCCAUCUUCCGCUGCUUUCCCAGGCACAUUGGCAGGGAGCUGGGUUGGGAGAGGAGCAGCCAGAACUCAAACGUGUCCAUAUGGGAUGGCGGCAUUGCAGGCUGGGGCUUGAACCUGCUGUGCCACGGUGCCGGCCCCGAGAAGCGUGUUUCUUAACAUCAUUUAGAAUGAAGAUACCUAGCCGCCUUGAGGCUGUGCUGGUGUUCUUGUGGCCCAUUUUGUGUUGGUGCUCCCAUUGCCUCUGGACCCUCCUCUUCCCAAGACAGGAUCUGGAUAGAGUCUGGAGGUGCUUGUGUGGCAUCAGGGACAGGCACACCAGGAGCAGCCAUAGGCUGUCAGCUUUCUGCCCUUAUGGAGCAAAUGUGGAGACAGACUUUUCCCCAGAAGUCAGGGCUGAGGGACCCUAGAGUCCCCGCACAGUGAAGCCUCCCUCCGUGACGUUAGGAAGAAUUGAGAGGCAGAUGGAUUUCUCCUCACUAGCUUGCCCUGCGCUUUGCCGUGUUCACACAGUGAGGUCAGUCUUGGAGGAGGUGGUGUGUCUGUGGUUUAUCCCAGGUGGUUGGAGAUGCAGGUGGAUCCGUGGGUGCUGAAGGGCGGGGAGAGGCUUGCUGGAGGUGUGCUAAUGGAGAUGAUGUGUGUGAAGAGGACUUGUGAAGCAGGGACAGGCGGAGUGCGAGGGCUCCUGAAGCAGCUGCCUGGCCAGGGCUGCUGCUUAUCCUGCGAUCGCGAACGGGGCGCACCGCCCUGCCGCACUACAGUAGUCCCCUUCCUCCUUCCCUGCUGCGGUGCUAGGUGCUGCUAGGGGCUCUUCUCCUAGAAGAAGAGGUGACAGUGUGUGCGCGUACACGCAGAGUGUGGUGAGGGGACUGUGUGCACGCAGAGUGGUGACGGGGAGUGUGUGUGUGUGUGUACACGCAGAGUGUGGUGAGGGGGACUGUGUGCACGCAGAGUGUGCUGGAGUGUGUGUGUGUGUGUACAUGCAGCGUGUGGUGAGGGGGACUGUGUGCACACAGAGUGGUGAGGGGGAGUGUGUGUGUGUGUUUACACAGUGUGGUGAGGUGGAGUGUGUGUGUUUACACAGAGUGUGGUGAGGUAGAGUAUGUACACGCAGAGUGUGGUGAGGUGGAGUGUGUGUGUACACACAGUGUGGUGAGGGGGAGUGUGUGUGUACACACAGUGUGGUGAGGGCGAGUGUGUGUACACAGUGUGGUGAGGUAGAGUGUAUGUACAUGCAGAGUGUGGUGAGGGGGAGUGUGUACACACAGUGUGUUGAGGUAGAGUAUGUACACACAGUGUGGUGAGGUGGAGUGUGUGUGUGUACACGCAGAGUGUGCUGGAGUGUGUGUGUGUACACAGUGUGGUGAGGGGGAGUGUGUGUGUGUACACGCAGAGUGUGCUGGAGUGUAUGUGUGUGUACACACAGAGUGUGGUGAGGGGGAGUGUGUGUGUGUACACACAUGCAUCCAGUGUGGUGAGGUGGAAAGGGAGCAGGCUUCCGAGUCUGCCAGGAGGGCCCUGGUCAGGUUGUUCGGCGUCAGGUUACUGUGGAUGGGAAUAAUCCCCCCCAGGACAGCUGUGUGCGCAGGUGCCUAAAAACCCAGCCCAGGUCCCAGCCUUCUCCUUAAACUUCCCUUCUCCCUGCUCCUAGUCACUGAGCUUGGAAAGACCAUGGUAAAUAUUUCCCUAGCUCUAACAACUGAGGGCUCACUGGGGCUCAACUGAGAAAGGACUGUGACCAAGGCAGUCACAAGACUGGCUCGUUGACCCAGACUUCACACAGAUUUUCAGGGUGGGGCCACUGGCCUUUGUCCAAGCCCCGUUAGGGCUUCCUGCUCUUAGAGUGUUAGAUGUUAAGCCUGUAAUGUUACAUAAGACAAGUAGUGUCGAGGGCCAGCCCUGGCUGAAACAUAAAGUUAAGAUGCGCUAAUAAUUUGUUGUCCUAGGAUUUACGCUCUAAAAGGCCAAGUCGAUUGAUCUUUAAAAAUGAACUCUGUGGGUGACAGGCUUUUCUUGGUCUAGACCCCCAUGAUCCUUAGGGACGGUCAUGUUCUGAUCACUGCUGCUUUGUCCUCCACCAGUCACUGUAUUUACUUUGUAUUUUUAAAUGAAAACACAGAUCAUCAGAAGCAAUAGUAUUUGGAAGCUAGCUAACUCCCUGGGCUGGCUAGUUUAAUAGCUGUCUUCAGACAGUGCCUGCCUAGUGAGUUAGGGGUUAGGGGUGAGGCGAGCAACUCGUACGGGGUAGAGGUAUGCUAAGUUUCUGAAAAUCUCUGGUAACCUUGGGGGGACACAGCAGUGUCCUGGCUGUUUCCUGGGUGCUGAUGGGCGGCCUCGGCAUCAGGAGUGUUUAGGCAAGGGGAGUGGGGCUGCCUAACCAAGAGGGCCAGAGAUUUGUCACUGUGGAUAGUAAAUGUUCUGAAUGAGCACAUUUGUCAGUAUUUUCUUGUUAAAAAGUUCCGUACUUGAAUUUCUUUGGAAAAAUUUUGAGUUAGACAGUUGACCAUCAGUGUGAUUUCCUGUCUUUUGGGCUUAUAGGUAGUUUGAAUAGAAUCAAAUUAGUCUUAUUUGAACAUCUUACUACCAAGCAUUAGUAUGGAAGAUAAUGCUUACUUUGGUUAAGUAUAAAAAUUAGGCAGUUUUCCUAAGCACGCUCUAUCUUAAAAUAUGUCGGCUUUUUUCUUUUUUUUUUUAAUCUAGCUAUGCAACCAUAUUGCUUCUGGGAGAAAAUGUCAGUACGUUGGGAACUGUUCCUUUGCGCACAGCCCCGAGGAGCGAGAAGUGUGGACCUACAUGAAGGAGAAUGGCAUACAAGAUAUGGAGCAGUUUUAUGAACUGUGGCUGAAGAGUCAGAAAAAUGAAAAAAGUGAUGAUGUAGCCAGUCAGUCCAACAAGGAAAAUGGAAAACAAAUUCACAUGCCCACAGACUAUGCGGAAGUCACCGUGGACUUCCACUGCUGGAUGUGUGGGAAGAACUGCAACAGUGAGAAGCAGUGGCAAGGCCACAUCUCCUCGGAGAAGCACAAGGAGAAGGUGUUCCACACCGAGGACGACCAGUACUGCUGGCAGCACCGUUUUCCAACGGGAUAUUUUAGUAUUUGUGAGAGGUAUAUGAAUGGUAGCUGCACAGAAGGAAACAGCUGUAAAUUUGCACAUGGAAACGCUGAACUUCAUGAAUGGGAAGAAAGAAGAAAUGUCCUAAAGAUGAAGCUCAGCAAAGCACGAAAAGAUCACUUAAUUGCCCCAAAUGAUAAUGACUUUGGAAAAUAUAGUUUUUUGUUUAAAGAUUUAAACUAAUAUGCUGGCUUCUAUGUAUGUAACCUAAUCAGAGCAUUGACCAGAGAAAUUGCAAGUGUUGUAAGGCACGUAGCAGAGGGGCUCAGACUUUCUGCUUGAAUUGGCACAUAUCCUGAGCAGCAACCCACAGUAGGUAGGAAAACGGGCUGUUUAACGGGUCUGGCCCAGCUCUCACGGAACCAUUGGCAUCAAAUGGCGAGGUGACUGCUCCCCGGCUGCCGUCUGUUGAAUGGAGUGUGGGAGGAGGAGUUGGAGAGGAGGUGAGGGUAUGUCUGGGGCGACUCUCUGCGUUGGUCCUUCAGUGCAGAACCGUGAUGCUAAGAGAAUACACACUUGGACCGGGAUCAGAGUACAUGCGGGAUGAAAUUUCUUCACUUAGCAGAACGAACGUAUUUAAUAAUGUUUGCUACUUAUCUGUACGUAGGUUGCUUAAAAAAGGAUUUUCUUAACUCAGAUUUUAAGCCAAAUAACCAUUUAACACCAGUACCUGUUAAAUGGGGUAUUUUUCUGUAUUUGUAUGUUUCACUAUAAUAAGGGAACUGAGGAUAAUGUGCAUUGAGAAUAUUUUGAAAAAAAUCAGUUGACUCAAAUUUUAUUUCUUGGUCUUUUGCUGUUUAAAUGAUUUCAAUGAUUAAACUUGUACUGUUGGUAUUGUGUAGUGUAUGGACCAAUACUGCCUGUAAUAAAGAUUUUAUAUAUAAA